AUGAUCCGCAACGCUCUCGCCACUCUGGGAGGCCCUUCUAGACUCCGCUUUGCUGCCCAGCGCAGUUACGCAGGCCCGAAUGUUGUCCGAACUUUCCAGACAACCCGUCCAGCUCUCAAGAAGCGUCGUACUGUCGAAGUCGAAGAGGACGUUGACUCCGCCGAAGCUGAGGACGAGGCUCUCUUUGACGACGACGCGGGAGUCACUGCACCGGGAACGAUAGUCGACCGCAAAACGCAGCGAGAGAAUAUCAAGAGCUCGAUCCUCGCCGCGGUAGCUGUGAAGGGCAAGGAGAGACGCGUGGCGGGUGCAUCGUUACCAAUAGGGUCACUGCGGAAGGUGGCGCAGUUGAGUGAGAGUGCGGAAGAUGUGGAGGAGCUUCGAGGGGUAUUGCGGACAUGGCGUGUACUGGGGAAGAAGGUGACAACCCAGACUGCUGUUGAGAUCAUUGGUCGAUGUUGCAAUCUCGGUCGACCAGACCUUGCCAAGGAGUUGAGCCAAGACAGAGUCCAAUACGGGUUUCCGGAAGUUCCCUCAGCCGCCCAGUUCACGAUCGACGCUGCUCUCGCGAAUUUCUCCCCAGCCCCGGUAUCAGCAUCUGGCGAAGCAGCACUGCCAGCGUGA